CACACACACAUACACCGAAAAGACAGAUCUUACGGAACGAAACACAGAACCCGGAAAUGAGUUGAGCGGGUUGUCAAACGAUUCAUAAAGUGGGGGCUUGCAGUGUGUUUGUGUAUGUGCAUGCAUUUCCUUGUCAGUGAUUGUACUUAUUGCAGUGAUAUUACAUGUGUUCUGUUCUCGGGAGUACAGCCAAGUAACCAUACCAUGUAUCAGAUCCAUCUUGUUUGGAUACAGGAAAUACAGACAUCCGUUACACCGAAUGGUGAGGACACUUCUUUUCCAACCAUUAACAAACACAGGGAGUUGUACUAAUAUAUGAAGAUGGCUGGCCAACCCACAAAGUCCUUCGAGGAAUUUCUGACGUGCAGUAUUUGUUUUGACAUUUUCAAACAUCCCAAGAUUCUACCAUGUGUUCACACAUUCUGCAAGAAAUGUCUGUCCGACCACAUUCAGUCUCGACCUUCUUCCACGAACAAUGGGGGAUUCCAAUGUCCCCAGUGCCGAGCCUUUGUCGCUGUGGCAAACCCCAAAGCCAAUCUAGACCAAUGGGCUGGACAGCUCCCAGACAACUUUGCCUUCCGGAACAUGAUAGAGCACAUGAACCCAAACGCCAACCCAGAGGCCGCUGUGUGUGCCGAGCACGGGAAUAAGCUGGAGCUUGUGUGUGCCAACUGCGACACCGUACCCAUCUGCUACACAUGUCAGGCCGUCUCACAUCGGAUGUGCAGCCAGGUUUACACGGUGUCGGUGGCAGCUCAAGAACGACGUAACAGUAUCAGCUAUCAUCUGAGCGGCAUCCAAGAAAGACAGGAGAAAGUGAGAGUACGCCUUGUGGAACUGGACAAAGAGUCGAAAAUACUAGAAGCCCACAGAAAUCUUGCCAUGGGAGAGCUUCAGCGGAUGUACGAAGCCGCACAAAAGUUGAUCAAAGAUGAGUUUGAUAAAACUGUGACUGAGAUGCAUGACAAGUUCACAGAGUGCAAACAGGUUUUUGAUGCCGAGAAGUCCGUGAUGAAAACUUCAGAGGACCAACUCCAAACAUUCAUGGCAGACACCCAGAAGAUGCUGCAUGAUUCGGACAUGGCGGUGGUCAGCAAGUGUAAAGGAGUGGUCAGUCAAGCUGAAGAUGUCAUGAGCAAAAACCCAGCUACCCCAGAAAUACCCACGUUCUCUUUGACGCUGGAGAGAAACAAUUCUGUCAUGAACAAAAUGGCCAACUUAAACUUUGGGAACUUGACGGUGACGCGGCGAGUCCGCGAAAUUCGAUUCCUGCUUCCUAAGCUGGAGAUUCUGAGAAGGGAAUCUAUCUCCAGUACGGCCACAGCCCCUGCCUCGUCUUUCAGGUCCACCAAUGGCAUGGCUCCGCCCCCUAGUCCGAUCCUGACAGAAACCAACCUCAUCUUGCAGAGUCGUAAAUGUCUGCCGACCAAACUCAGGGGAGACAAGACCAAAUGUUGUCUUCGUGACGUCACUAUUGUUAGCGGUAACGUCAUAGUGGUCACAGACGGUGACAACAUGACGGUCAAGUCCUUCACCACAGAGGGUGAACACCUGGAGACAUCCUGCUACAAGACAGACCGGACUCCGUGCGGCAUCACAACGGUGGCCGACAUGACCGUGGCCGUCAUGAUCCCAAAACAGAAGGAGAUGCACCUGCUCUUUGUCAGACCCAAUAUUUUGCUCAAAGAAGUCACCUAUUGGCCAACCCGAUGUACAUGUGUACCACGCCCAGCAGAGACAUCCUGGUCUCGGAUCCCACAAUCUCGACCUGCGUCUGUUUCAGACAGAACGGAGUCGUACUCUUCAAUUACAGUCCUGACGUGUCCACAGGCCUAGCCAUCAAAAAGCCGUUCGGUAUCUCGGUGGACAAGCAAGGGGUGAUCCUGGUGGCGGACAAAGACACCAACAGCGUUAUUGCCAUGUCGGCAGAGGGCCGGCCCACGAGGCAGGUGAUCACGCGCUCGAACACAAAGGAGCUCAACCUCAAGUCAGUGGCCGUGGGGGAGCGUGGGAUGAUUGUGACGAUGCACGAAGACAAACUUAAUGUUUUCAAAGUACAGAAUGCUCCGCAGUAGGUUGGAGAAUGACUGAUGCGAAGUUGAAGGAAACGCAUCAUCAUCUUCAUCAUCAUCAUCAUCAUCAUCAUCAUCAUCAUCAUCAUCAUCAUCAUCAUCAUCAUCAUCAUCAUCAUCGUCUUUGUAGGUAGCAGGGAAUAAAAAAGGGUUUGAGACUUAGCAGAUUUUUUCAAAUUUAAUAUAAGCUCAAAGUUUCGCCCUGUAAAAGGCUUCUUCAGGAACAUGUACAAAAAAAUAAUGGAAAAUCUAUUGACUACAAGCUAUAGCAAUAAAAGUGCGGGCAUACACGUCAUAAUGUCAAAAGGUGCGAUAAAAACAAAUCGGGAAGAACAGAGAAAAUUGAAGGCUAUGCCCAGAAGUGGUAUGAAUAUAAAAUAGUAUGUACGUCAUCAUCAUCAUCAUCAUCAUCAUCAUCAUCAUCAUCAUCAUCAUCAUCAUCCCCAAAUGCCACAUCUGAAACAGAUAUUUACGAUCCUCUUCCAUUAAAAUAGCACACUCCCAUAAUAAGGUAACUGUUUCACUACCACACACCAUUAAAAAACACUACAUAA